CACGUGACCUGCCAAGUUAAGCCCCGCCCCUCAUUGAAGACACGGACAGACCGUUCUAAAAAGGAAGGACUGCAUCGAGAGAACAAUGGGAGUUGACGUCGAGACUCUUAGACCCGGGGACGGAAAGACUUUUCCGAAGAAAGGGAGCAAGGUCGCCGUGCACUACGUCGGCACGCUGACAAACGGGAAGAAAUUUGACUCCUCCAGGGACCGAGGAGAGCCCUUCACGUUUAAAAUUGGAGCUGGUGAAGUUAUUCGCGGCUGGGAUGAAGGUGUAGCUCAGAUGAGCGUUGGCCAGUUGGCCAAGCUGACCUGCUCUCCGGAUUUCGCUUAUGGAUCCAAAGGUUAUCCACCCGUCAUCCCUGCAAACGCUACCCUCAUCUUUGAGGUUGAGCUCCUGAAAUGCUGAGUUUUUACACUGAAAGCUAUUCCAGAGUAUUGUUUUUUGGGAAUUUGUUUUUUUUUUUUUUUCCUGUCUACAUUUUUCACAAAUGGUUCUUUAGUGAAAUGGUAAAUGAAUUGUACUUGUAUAAAGCUUUGUUAGAAAUAUGGAAUCAGAAGCCUAUUCUCACACAAUGACCAUCAUGCUAAUGACAACUGUGCUAUAUUGGUGCUAAUCUAAUUCUCAGGCCCAUGAACUUGAAGUGAACAUUGGAUCAAUCUGGCUUCAUUAUUUAUUUAUUUUUUCCCCUUAAACCCAAAUGAUAUUGACAUUCCCUGUUUUUUAAAGUAAAUAUAACAGACCACAAGUAACAGAAAUGGUGCAGUACUGAUAACUUGGACCAUGCAAAAACACACACUGGGAAUGUAACACGGUUAUCCUGCAAAGUUUAGACAAAGGGAUUUUAUCUUAAUUUUAUGAUGUUUCAUAUUUGAUCAUAAAGACUAACAAAUAUAUACUGGUCCUUCUAUAUAAAUUUAUUCAUCAAUGUGCUUGAAGCAACCGAUAAAUAAAAUUUGACUGGUUUCCAAAAGACUAUAUAUAUUCUUUUUAAAUUAAUUCAUUCACAUUAAAUCAAAUAAACUAAAAGCACAUGGGUGAGAAAGUGCAAGUGACACAAAAUACAAUCUUCUCACGAAAGCUUUUUUUUUUUUCCACGUGAUUUUUUAUUUUUAAGGUUUUUGUGCUUCAAAAAGUAGUAUGGUGUUAAACUGACCUUAACAUUUUUAGUGAAGUGUGGUUUUCUUUUUUUCCCUUGCAGUAGAGUUGUGACUUUAUUUUGCACAUUAAAGCAAUGAAUCAAUAAGAAUUAACUCACUCAGAGCUUGUGAUUAAAGUGGUUGCCUUUUGUGUUGCUUUUUCCAGUUUAACAAGUAUUCACAUGAUUUUUUGAAAUGUUUCAAGUCUGCUUUGGGGUUGUGUUAAGUCACAGUGAAAACACUUCAUUUUUAUUUUGCAAUGCUCUUUUCCUUUUCAGUGUAACCCAUUAAGUCUGAUUAAAACCAGAAAUCUGUA